AUGUCGGCCAAGUCAAUCUACGAAGCUGAUGGCAAAGCCAUUCUCAACUACCACCUCACUCGUGCACCAGUCAUCAAGCCCUCUCCCCUCCCCGCUCCAACCACGCACAACCCGCCGCCAAAGCUCGCUUCUCUUCACUUCGACGAAGACUGCUCCAUCGAGGCUGUCCUCGACCAAGCCGAAUCCACCCAUCCCUGGCUGCUCGCCAAAGGAGCCAAGUUCGUCGCAAAGCCAGAUCAGUUGAUCAAGAGGAGAGGCAAGAGCGGUCUGUUGGCGUUGAAUAAGACAUGGGAGGAAGCUAGAGAAUGGAUUGCAGCCCGCGCCGGAAAGGAACAGCAAGUCGAGACGGUCGUAGGAGCUCUACGGCAUUUCCUGGUUGAACCUUUUGUUCCCCACCCACAGGAAACGGAAUAUUAUAUCAACAUCAAUUCAGUCCGUGAGGGUGACUGGAUUCUGUUCACACACGAGGGAGGCGUCGAUGUCGGAGAUGUUGACGCCAAAGCCGAAAAGCUCUUAGUUCCGGUCAACCUCAAGCACUACCCAUCGAACCAGGAAAUCGCUUCCAAAUUACUCAGCAAAAUUCCUCAAGGCCUGCACAAUGUCUUGGUCGACUUCAUCACCCGCCUCUAUGCUGUUUACGUCGACUGCCAAUUCACAUAUUUGGAGAUUAACCCGCUCGUUGUGAUCCCCAACGCCGACAAGACAUCUGCCGACGUCCAUUUCUUAGAUCUGGCAGCCAAACUUGACCAAACCGCUGAAUUCGAAUGUGGUACAAAAUGGGCCGUUGCUCGAAGCCCAGCAGCUCUAGGAAUUCGCGCUGCAGCCAGGGCUGACGACAAGGUCACUGUUGAUGCCGGCCCACCAAUGGACUUCCCGGCUCCAUUUGGUCGUGAAUUGAGCAAAGAAGAGAAAUUUAUCGCCGAUAUGGACGCCAAAACCGGAGCUUCUCUCAAACUUACUGUCCUCAACGCUUCUGGUCGCAUUUGGACCCUUGUUGCUGGUGGCGGUGCUUCCGUCGUCUAUGCGGAUGCUAUUGCUUCUGCUGGUUUCGUCAGCGAACUCGCAAACUAUGGUGAAUACUCUGGCGCUCCAACUGAGACCCAAACCUACAACUACGCCCGUACGGUUCUUGACCUGAUGCUUCGCGCCCCCAUGCACCCUGAUGGAAAGGUGCUUUUCAUUGGUGGCGGUAUUGCCAACUUCACCAAUGUCGCUACCACCUUCAAGGGUGUUAUCCGCGCAUUAAGAGAAGUUGCACCAGUCCUCAAUGAGCACAAGACGCAGAUUUGGGUCCGCCGUGCAGGCCCUAAUUAUCAAGAGGGUCUGAAGAAUAUCAAGGCUGUCGGCGAGGAACUUCACCUCAACAUGCACGUUUACGGUCCCGAAAUGCAUGUCAGCGGCAUUGUUCCCCUAGCACUGAGCGGUAAGACCACGGAUAUCAAGGAAUUUGGCGAAGCAUGA